UCCCGCACGUAGCGCCCUGGCCGCGGCACAGAGUGGCAGACUGGCGCCCGGGGCUCCAUCCGGCUCCUCCGGCGGGGCUCGGGAUGAGGCUGGCGAGGCUGCUCCAAGGCGGCCGGGGCGUCAGGCCGCGCUGCGCGGUCCCCGGUGCUAGUCGCAGUCUGGCCUCCGGCUCGGCCUCGGGCUCCGGGCCGGAGUCCGAGCGCGGCGUUCCGGGCCAGGUGGACUUCUACGCGCGCUUCUCGCCGUCGCCGCUCUCCAUGAAGCAGUUCCUGGACUUCGGAUCAGUAAAUGCUUGUGAAAAGACCUCAUUUAUGUUUCUGCGACAAGAGCUGCCUGUUAGAUUGGCAAAUAUAAUGAAAGAAAUAAGCCUCCUUCCAGACAAUCUUCUCAGGACCCCGUCCGUACAGUUGGUACAAAGUUGGUAUAUCCAGAGUCUUCAGGAGCUGCUUGAUUUUAAGGACAAAAGUGCUGAAGAUGCUAAAACUAUUUAUGAAUUCACAGACACAGUGAUAAGGAUCAGAAACCGGCACAAUGAUGUUAUUCCAACCAUGGCCCAGGGUGUGACCGAAUACAAGGAGAGCUUCGGGGUGGAUCCUGUCACCAGUCAAAAUGUCCAGUACUUUUUGGAUCGAUUCUACAUGAGUCGCAUUUCAAUUAGAAUGUUACUCAACCAGCACUCUUUAUUGUUUGGUGGAAAAGGAAGCCCAUCUCAUCGAAAACACAUUGGAAGCAUAAAUCCAAACUGUGAUGUAGUCGAAGUUAUUAAAGAUGGCUAUGAAAAUGCUAGGCGGCUUUGUGAUUUGUAUUAUGUUAACUCUCCUGAACUAGAACUUGAAGAACUAAAUGCGAUUUCACCAGGACAGACAAUACAAGUGGUUUAUGUACCAUCCCAUCUCUAUCACAUGGUGUUUGAACUGUUCAAGAAUGCAAUGAGAGCAACCAUGGAGCACCAUGCUGACAAAGGUGUCUAUCCCCCAAUUCAAGUUCAUGUCACUCUGGGGGAGGAGGAUUUGACUGUGAAGAUAAGUGACCGAGGAGGUGGUGUUCCACUGAGGAAGAUUGACAGACUCUUCAACUACAUGUACUCCACUGCACCCCGGCCUCGUGUUGAGACGUCCCGCGCAGUGCCCCUGGCUGGUUUUGGUUAUGGAUUGCCCAUAUCACGCCUCUACGCACAGUACUUCCAGGGAGACCUAAAGCUGUAUUCCUUGGAGGGCUACGGGACUGAUGCCGUUAUCUAUAUUAAGGCUCUGUCAACAGAAUCCAUCGAGAGACUCCCUGUGUAUAACAAAGCUGCCUGGAAGCAUUACAGAACCAACCAUGAGGCUGAUGACUGGUGUGUCCCCAGCAGAGAACCGAAAGACAUGACCACAUUCCGAAGCUCCUAGAUGCACAUGGGAUGCCUGGACAGUCCAAGUGUGGCUUUUGCUAAGUUUGGAAAAGAUGUGUUAGGAGCCACAUUGUACCAAAUAUGUCACGUGUGAUUUCACAAUUGUGUUUGCCAAAGCUCCUAAAGGAUCAAUUAUACCAACUUUAUUCUGUAUGUUUGAUUAAUUGGACAUACUUUUAAACACUCAUCAUUUUGGUCAAUUCCCCUAUGUGUGGUAGACUUAUGGAGUGUGAAGUCUCUGGGUUUCUGUAGGAAGUUGAGGGUUGUUUUUUUUUUUUUUUUAAGUUUUCAUUUAUUUCUGCUAAAAACAUCUAAAGAAAGCAGAGUAGCUGGUUAGUGGCCUGCUUUUGGAGUUCUGUCAUCUGUUAGUAGUAAUGCCUCAUCAGAUGGUUUUCUUGUCUCCCACAAAAGGAGAACACAGUGGUACCAGUAGGGCCUUUCAGCAUCUACAUGCAUUGUCUGCUGAAAUUACUUGAUAUGGCAUAAUUUUAUUGCAGUGCAUUAGUGAUGAUGGUUCCCCACAGAGCUAAGUCCAGACCAUGUACACUGUGCUCAGGAUCAAUGCAAGGGAUUUUCUUUAGAAAUAAUGUCUCACUGUGUCGCCCUAGCUGGCCUUGAACACAAUGCCCUUCCUUAGCUUCCUGAGUGCUGCCUCAGAAGGGUGUGUCUGGCUGAUGAGAGAAAUGUUUAUUCUCAAACAGGCAAAGGAGCAUCAGAGAGUAAACCAGGGGGAAAGGGCCAAGUGCCCCCGACUGAGCCAUUGAUUUGAGAUUGUCUGACGGAGCUUUGGAAAGACUGAGUUUCUCUGGGUCUGCUCCCGGCAUCCAGAGGCUGAAGGCUGGAGAUGAGUUUCUCAAACUAGGCAAGGCUCAUGACUGGCCUGGCUGAAACCACACUUCAGAGUGAAUCGGGACACCACUGCUGUUGGCAAAGUGACAGAUUGGAUUGGUAGCCUUUGGUUCCCCCGUUUCCAGGUCAGAUUGCUAGACUUUAGGGGAUGUAAUCUGAAUCUCAGGCCUGGUACAAUUGAAAGCGGAAUCAGGAACAGGGAGACUAGGAUGAUUUUAGUCACCUUGGUUUUAGUGGUGACUCUAAGGACAUGUAUUUUUCUAAAAAUACUCAGAUUUUUUUUUUUUUUAAUCAGAAAAGUCAUCUUAGAUUGAUUACAAAAAUGCUUUGUAUCUGUAUGGUAAUUUAAAGUUUGCAAAUGCUUUGAAGUAUUAGGACGUUAUUUGUGUCAAAACACAGCGCUGUGGAGCAGCCUGUGACAGCUUGGUUCUCACUCAGAGCGAGCCAGAGUCACACAGAAUUGGAGCCACAGCCUGAGCGAUCCUUCCCUUCUGACCACUGUCAUCUGUCAGGGACGUUCUUACUGCAUCUAUUAGUGAUGAAGAAAUACUUUAAAAAGGUAUUUGAAAGUGUGCUUUGCCACUUACCUGGAGGGACUUGGGGGUUUGGUUUGGAAAAUGCUAUGAGUUAAAACAUCUUGCUCUUGACAGGAUUCAUCAAACUUCACCAUGUCCCAUAAAUAUAUACAUAUUUAAUACAAAAGCCAAAUCAUGUAACAUGGCACAAAAUAGAAUUUUUGUACCAAACAAUAGAAACAUGUAGAUUGAGAAUGCUCCAGGGUGGUCAGUCCAGGAUCCUCAGGUGAGAGGUGAGGGAGCUGAAACUCAGGUCUUACUGGCUCAGAAAUUUUUAGCUAACACGACCAAAUGUUGGAAAAGACACACCUUAUACCUGCUGUUCCUAAUUGAGGACUUUGUAAGAAAUAAUAGACUAUGCUCAUGAGUGACAUUUACUCCAUGUAUUACACUUAUUAGCUUUAAAUUGCAUAUUCUUGCAAUGAUGAAAUAUUUUGGAAUCUUUUGUACAACUGUCAAUAAAUGUACUAUUUUUACUUGUGAAAUACUUUUCCCUCUCCAAGAAAUUAAAAAGCCCCCCCCCAUUUAAGAGCUAAAAAAUGUUUUCAGACAAGAAGUAAAAUGAUUUUACUUUAGUCUCUUUUUAAGGUGUGCCACCUUUUUGCUUUGUUAUCAUGAUUAUGGAUGGAAAAUUGUGUGUGAAAAUGUUCUGGGGCGGGCCUUUUUCAGAGUUACUUUUAAAGAUACCUAAAAGGUUUAUAGGUUCUUAAGGUGAGCUGUUUUGUCCUCCAGCAUUGAUUUUAUGUGGUGUAGGUAUAAAAAUAGAUUGAUGCUUGGGGAGUGGAUAGCAAAUGAUUUUUAUAACCUGGGCAGUUAAUGAGUAUGCCAGUGCAUUGUAGGAAAGGGACUGUAAGGAUAUUCCACACUGAAGUUGAAAAGCUCGUUGGUUUUGAUGCCUUUACACUUAAUAGUGGUCAGUGUCUUCCUCUGUGAAGUUCCUGUAU